UGUAAAUUAUAACGCUGCUCUUUGAACGCAGCCCCAAACAAACGUAACGGUCGCAAAGCAUUGUGGGAUCGGAUGCCGGUGAAAGCUUCUCGAAAGAACUGCAAAGAUGAUGCCCACACCGGUUAUUCUGCUGAAAGAGGGGACAGACUCAUCCCAGGGCAUUCCCCAGCUCAUCAGUAACAUCAAUGCCUGCCAGGUGAUUUCUGAGGCUGUCAGGACCACCCUCGGGCCCCGGGGGAUGGACAAGCUGCUGGUGGAUGGAAGAGGUAAAGCCACGAUCUCCAAUGAUGGCGCCACCAUACUGAAACUUCUGGAUGUGGUUCAUCCUGCAGCCAAGACGCUGGUAGACAUCGCCCGCUCCCAGGAUGCCGAGGUUGGAGACGGUACCACAUCCGUCACCCUUCUCGCCGCCGAGUUCCUGAAGCAGCUGAAGCCGUAUGUGGAGGACGGUCUCCACCCUCAGACCAUCAUCAGAGCGUUCCGCACUGCCACCAACCUCGCUGUUAGCAAGAUCAAGGAGAUCGCCGUCUCUGUGAAGAAAGAUGACAAACAGGAGCAGAGGCAGCUGCUGGAGAAAUGUGCCGCCACAGCAAUGAACUCCAAGCUGAUUGCCGGUGAGAAGGGCUUCUUCUCCAAGAUGGUGGUGGAUGCCGUUAUGUCUCUGGACGACCUGCUGUCUCUCAAGAUGAUCGGCAUCAAGAAGGUGCAUGGAGGCGCCCUCGAGGAUUCCCAGUUGGUCUCUGGUGUUGCGUUCAAGAAGACGUUCUCCUACGCCGGCUUCGAGAUGCAGCCCAAACGCUACGAGAACCCAAAGAUCGCGCUGCUCAACGUGGAGCUGGAGCUGAAGGCCGAGAAGGAGAACGCCGAAGUCCGUGUGAAAUCAGUGGAGGACUACCAGGCCAUCGUGGACGCAGAGUGGAACAUCCUGUACGACAAGCUGGAGAAGAUCUACCAAUCAGGAGCAAAGGUGGUUCUGUCCAAGUUGCCCAUCGGCGAUGUGGCCACGCAGUACUUUGCCGACAGGGACCUGUUCUGUGCUGGCAGGGUGCAAGAGGAGGACCUGAAGAGGACCAUGAUGGCCUGUGGAGGAUCCAUCCAGACGUCGGUCAGCGCGCUGACGGACGACGUUCUGGGGCUGUGUGAGCUCUUUGAGGAGGUGCAGGUGGGAGGAGAGAGGUACAACUUCUUUAAGGGCUGCCCGAAGGCGAAGACGUCCACCAUCAUCCUGAGAGGUGGAGCGGAGCAGUUCACAGAGGAGACGGAGCGUUCGCUGCACGACGCCAUCAUGAUCGUCCGCAGAGCCAUCAAGAAUGACUCCAUUGUUGCAGGCGGAGGAGCUAUAGAGAUGGAGCUGUCCAAGUACCUCCGGGAUUACUCCAGAACCAUUCCUGGGAAGCAGCAGCUGUUGAUCGGAGCGUAUGCCAAGGCCCUGGAGGUCAUCCCCCGACAACUGUGCGACAAUGCCGGCUUCGACGCCACCAACAUCCUUAACAAACUGCGAGCAAAGCAUGCGCAGGGCGGCCUCUGGUUUGGCGUGGACAUCACCAGCGAGGACAUCACCGACAACUUCCUCGCCUGCGUCUGGGAGCCGUCCAUCGUGAAGAUCAACGCCCUGACGGCGGCGUCGGAGGCGGCCUGCCUCAUCCUGUCGGUCGACGAGACGAUCAAGAACCCCCGCAGCAGCGGAGACGGACCUCCAGGUGGCGCCGGCAGGGGCAGAGGCCGCGGCAGACCCCACGCUCACUAACUAAACCCAUCAACAGAAAAAAUUAUCCAAACGCAGAUGCAGGAGGAAGAAUUUCUGGAGGCUGCUUUAGUUUUUGGGGGAGAUUUUCAAUGUUUUCAACCCAGAUUCUUUGGACAUUCUGCUAAAAUAAAAGAUCUCUCCUCUCUUGUCUUGUAGUUUCUGACCAGCCAACUAAAGCAUUUCAUAUUUUCUUCCUGUAGCCAGUACUAGCAGAAUGACAGCAGCUGUUUAUCUUUUUUUAUUUCUCUGAAACGGGCUGGUCUUUCCUCUGUGACCUGAUGGAGUCUGUAACCUUUAGCCUUGUUUUGUUAAUAAGGAAAGCUGUUGUUUCAUGUGGGGGGUGAAAAAAGCACUGAAAGGAUGUUGAGCAGUUCUGAAACCAUCUAUGUGAAGCUAUUUAUUGGACCAUUGUUAUCAAUAAAUUCACGGCUGAAAUCAAAAA